AUGGCGGAGCUAUUGGAGGACAUGGCUCGUUUGGACACCAUGAAAGUCAUUCUAGAGCCAGGAAUUCUUCUCUCCGAUCAAGGAACGAUUCUCAAUCUAGCCUCUAUUCGCGCCAAGGCCACCUCGACCGCGUACACCCUUCCAGACAUGCUUGCGGAUCUGAAUUCCAUAUGCGAGCCCUUUCUGAGCCGCGGGCCUGAGUACGCGGAGUAUGGGAAGAAGUUUCUGGAGAACGCGAACAACGCGAUCGUGGAGGCCGUGCAACGCGCGCAGAUGCUGGCCGCUGGAUACACUCUAGAACAGGUGCGGCAAAUCCAGCAGCAGCUGCAGCAGGCGCAGCCUCAGGCACAAUAUCAGCAGCAACCGCAGCAGCAGCAGCAGCAGGAUCCGAGCAACCCGUACCAGCAGCAACAACAACCGACUAACGUUUACCAUUCGCAGCGGCAGCCGCAGCCGCAGCCGCAGCCGCAGCCGCAGCAGCGGCGGCGACAGCAAGGCGCUCAACCGCCAGUAGGUGCAGCCGGGACCAGCCAAGGCGAGAAUGGCUGGCUCGAGCUUGUGGGGGAGGAAGGCGUGGGGGAGAGCGGAGACGUUGCACCUCCGGCAGUGAAUGUCGCGACGAGCAAUGGAGGGCUCUCCGCCUCCAGUGCGCGCAUGGGCCAGAGCAAUCUCACAGGUGCCAGUAGCGGCUCCCGGGGGGGAAUUGGCGGAGGGGGGGCAGGAGGCGGAGUGUCGUCAGGAAAGGGCUCGAAAGGGAGUUUCGGGGAGAGGAAGCCAGACGCGCAGAGAGCGAGGGGGGUCGGGCGGCGGUGUGAGGUGUGCGCGGUGAUCAAGAAGGCUGGGUGUGGCACAGACGCGGCUCACUUCAGGUGCCUGAAGCGCAAGAAGCCGGAAGCUGUUCCCGAGAUUGAGAAGAACCUGGUGCGGCUGGGAGACGUGGGGGACGAGGAGAGGGUGACGGUUUGGAACCCUGCCGAGGGGAGGAAGCUGAGCGGACAAGCGGCACCUAUGAUGAAGAACCUGGCGGGAUGGCUGGCGAACCAUCCUGGCUGGGAAGCACAUCCCAAGGGCGCUGUGGUCCCUAGUAACAAGAAGCUGAAGGAUGCUUCUUCUGAUCGAACUGGAGGCUCGCAUGACUCUCUAGGGAGAAUGGGGCAGCAUGUUCCUCACCUGGCCGUCACAGCUGCUUUAACCGCACAGUCAAGUCAGCCGGCUAACCGACCGGCUCCCAGCAUCUGCCUAGCUGUUGACGGCGUGAGCGCAGCGGACUUGACGCGAGAAUGGGAAGGAUCCGGUGACGUCGGCGACGCGAAUCAGCAGCAGCAGCAGCGGGAGAAAUGGCAGCAGGAACAGGAGUUCCUUAAGACCCUUGUCCGCAGUGGUGCUGCUGCUGGUUGUCCUGAAAAGGCCACCACCAGCAGCAGUGGCCCCAGUAGCAGCAGCAGCACCAACAACGAGACGACGACUUUCGACGACGUCGCGGACCAAUGGUGGUGCAGCGGCGACGAGUUUAACGAGUUCAUAUCGUACCUUGUCGCAAAUGGGGCUAAGGAACUCACGGGUCCUUCCCGGAAGGUGCGGGUCACAUGGGGAGAAGGAUCAGGGGGGAAUGAGGAAGCGCAACCGACGGAAGGGGGAGAAGAGAGCAGGGGCGAGAGGGGGAUUCGCGCAGCGCGCGAUUUGGCUCGAGGAGAGGUGAUCGCGACCAUUCGUUUCUCGGCCGCGCUGGUGCAAGGAGAACAUGACCCCCUUCCGUACCCUGAUGCGCCCUGGACAGUGCACCUGGCAGCCAAGCUCUUGCGGGAAUUUAGCAAGGGCAGCGCAGGCAAGGCAUGGCCGUACCUGCGGUGCUUGCCUCGGUGGGCGGGGUUGCCGUGGCUGGGGCUGAGGGAGGGCGAGGAGUGGGAGAGGGAGAUUCAGCACGAGGGCACGGUGGGGCGCAUGAGAGCGAUGCUGGAGGAGGCACGGUUGCAGUGGCAGAUGUGCCGCCAGGAGGAGGGCGAGAGGGAGAGGGAGAGGAUCGAAAAGUCAGGUGCUGGUGGUGGUGGUGCUGCUGCUGCUGCUGGUGUUGCUGAUGGGGCAGUAAGCGGGGAGUGGCAGUGGGAGGGCGGCAUAGCACAUGCGACGUGGCCUGAGUUUGCAUGGGCACUGACCAUGGUGUUCACGCAUGCAUACUCGCUGCCUCGUGUGGAUGGCACUGACGCUCUCAUGCGCAUGUUCCUCCCGGUGGCCGACCUGCUCAACCACGACCCGCACAAGGCGAACGUGGACUGGUACUCAGCAGGGCUGCAUGAGGACCGUCUGGAGCUCGUAGCUCUGAACCCCAUCGCACGCGGCUCACCCCUCGUGGCAGACUAUGGGCAGUACAGCUCCGACCACUUCCUGCUCACCUAUGGCUUCGUGCCGCUCGAAAACUCUGCAGACAGGGUGGACGUGUUUCAGGAUAUGACCCAGGCCGUGACCUGGUACCUCCAGAGGUACUACCAAACGCGCUCAGGCACCCUGCACUCGUUCCCUCCAACUGACGACGAGUUCCAGGAGUAUGUUCAGGUGGCUUUGGAGGGAGCUGAGGUGGAACGCAGCAGAGUAACCCCGGACGAAUCAAGAGAGGGUGGAAGCAGCGCGCACGGGGAUGGGAAAGGAGACGAGGAUGGGGACGGGGACGAGGGACUGGACGACCCCACAGGAGCAGCAGCGCAUGACACGCCUCUGUAUGUGUACCGGGAUGCAAGGGUGGAUGCGCGGCUGCUGGGGGCGUUUGCAGCGGUGCAGCGGUGGCUGGAGGGGGUGGAUUGGGAGGACAGCGAGGAGGAGUGGGUGAUGGAUGUAGAUAAUGCACUCGUUGCAGUGGGCAGGCAGUGCCGUGAGCUCCUUGACGCCUUCCCCACGUCGCUUGCGCGCGACCGAGGGGUGCUGUGGCAGCAUCUGCGGUGCUCCCAGCAGCAGGGGAAGAGGCGCGAGGAAGGGGGAGAGAGGGCGAGUGGGGAGGAGGCAGGCGUGCAAGGGAGGGAAGCGGGGUCUGGGGAAGUGGUGGGUGAUUCCUCCUCCUGUUCCUCUGCUCAUUCCUCAUGCUCUUCCUCCUCCCACUGCGCCUCGUCCAUGUCAUGCCCUUCUGAAGGCGCAGCAGCAUGGGAAGAGUGUGCCUCGUCCCGACUUUUGUCCCCCGUACAAGCCACAGCAGUGCGGUUUAGAAUAGUCGUGAAGGAGAUGCUUGAAGCCGUGGCUGAUUCUGCGCCGAAAGCCUUCGAGGAGAGGCAGAGAGUGAGACCUGCACAAGCGGAGGACGAGGAGGGUGUUGCUGACUCUUGA